GUUACGUUUUUUUCUUUUUUAUUACCCCACCUCACUCCUCUUUCUAGCAUUUACUCGCUCACUCUCUCUCACUGAAGUUUGUGGGUUGAACUUUUAAGCUGUCUGGCAGCGCUUCACUGGUAGCUGUGAAACAAAACACAGCCUCUGUCUGGGAGUAAGGAAAAGAGAGGAAAAAAGGAAAGAGAGUGGAUGAGCAAGAAAAAGAGAGAGAGGGAGAGCAAAAGGGGAUCAGGCGAAAGAAUAAGUGGGCGAGACAGAUCCAGCAGGAGCUGGACAGAGACAGAUCAAGGCAGACAGGAGAAUGUCUCACCGGUUGCGGUUGUAUUUUGGCUCUGGUCGCAGCAAUACUGCGCCCGAGUUGGAGCAGCUGAAUUGGUCGGCAGAGAACAGAGAUGUGAAUGCUACCAGUAACUGGAGAAGCUACAACGGCGCUGGAGCCAUGAUGUUCCAUACACAGUCGCAAAAUGGAGGACAUGCUGAGAACCCAGAGUCGGGAACGGAUGACGUUUCUGAUGCCUCCCUGAAACGAAGUUCUUCCAUGUUUAUCCCACAGCUCCAGGGUCAUACCGAACCACGGACAACCAGGAGCACUUCCAUGCAGAUAUCUCUCCAACGUUCAUCUGGACCGCAAGAAGACGCAUCAUCCCUCGAUCCUCCUCCAGGAUAUCCCCAGGACCCAGCUCCAGCCUACACUGAACCUGAAGAUGACUGGCUUUUACCUCCACCUCCAGCUUACCACAGAGCGGUUAACCCAUCCUACCACAGUGUUGAACAAAGUCAACCAGGCACUGAUGCCAUCCAGCCUAAAAGACGAGUGUUUUGUGUACGGCCAUGUGAUGGGCAAAAUGGUUUUGCCAGAAUGGGUGCACACAAUGAAAACCCCCAAGGGAUUACAAUCAAUGGUUUCAGUAUUCAAAGAAGAUCUGCAGAUGGCUCAGAUGUCCAACAGUUAAGGAUUAUGCCAUACGGCAAGGAUGGUCAAAACGGCCCAUGCCGCCGCUGGUCUGUCCAGCAAAGCGCGGACGGAGGUCCUGGCACCCAAAGACUUGUUUUCCAACUUCAACAGGAUCAAGGAAACCACGCAAACACUAAGUCUCAAGCUGAAGGGGCUGAAUUAAAAGGUUGCCGUAUGAUGCGAUACCCUCAGAUUCGACUGGAGAGGAGUACUUCACAACCGUUACAACCCAGAGGGGUUCCUGCACGCCUCGGUUCUAUGCCGGACCUUCAUGCCCCAAUCUCGGAAAUGGAAACCGAGAGUGAGAUCGUUCAGAAUAGAGCUCAAGGCUGCACAUUCAAGAUUAAGAAGGAACAAAACUCCCGACAGCCCAGAUUUAAGAUCUAUGUCAGCCAGGGAGGAGAAAACGGCCCCGUUACUAACCGGGAUAUUAGCUUUGGAAAGGUGCCUACCUGCAUCAGUCCACAGGCUCAAAUUGGUCACGAUCGUUCCAAGAAUGGGCUUUUCAACUUGGGUCAGACCAGAGAUGACUUCCUUGGGCAGGUGGAUGUACCUCUCACCCAUUUACCGACGGAGGACCCUGCGAUGGAGCGCCCGUACACGUUUAAAGACUUUCUGCUGCGUCCAAGAAGUCAUAAGUCUCGGGUGAAAGGUUACCUGAGGCUAAAGAUGGCCUACCUGCCAAAAAAUGGAGGUCAAGAGGAAGAGACCACUGAGAUGAGGGAAGAGGCUGAGGCCUGGGAGGUGACAGAUUCCACCGAUCCGGGAUCACAAAGACCACAGCACCUUCUGCCUCCGAUGCCUCCCGGUUGGGAAGAAAAGGUGGAUAACCUGGGUCGCACCUACUACGUCAACCACAACAACCGCACCACGCAGUGGAAGAGACCCAGUAGUGUGGAUGUGGUCUCGGAGACGGAAAAUGAUAAUAACUUGCGGCAGAUUAACCAGGAAGCCCACAGAGUUUUCCGCUCGCGACGGCACAUCAGCGAAGACCUGGAAAAUGAGCAGCUGGACAUCAGAGACAUAGACGACUCAUGGGAACCCAUAUCAGAAGAGGAUCCUGCUUUACUGAGCGAAGGACUGAAUCACUCUCUGUCCGGUCCUCCUUCACUGGCCAUGCCCCUCUCCAGCGCUCCAGAAUUCUCCGAUGAGAUCAGCCUUAGAUUAUCUCUCACUCCAGACACGAACGGAGAGAUCCCUGGACCCAGCUCUGCUGUGCAGGGUCAUCUCUCCUCACGUCUUCGCUCGUCGAGCAUGACCGAUGGAGUCAGUGAUCCAGCUCAACCUCCAACACCAACGAACUCGCAGCCUCGACGAACACGAGCUCAAACAGUCACAGGCGUUGAGGACGCUAUGUCUCCAUCGGCUAACUACACCUUGACUACGCCGGGCCUUCCUCCAGGCUGGGAAGAACGCAAGGAUCCCAAAGGACGAACUUACUACGUUAACCAUAACAACCGCAGCACCACCUGGACACGACCCAUACUGCAGCUCACAGAAGAUGGAGCCAGUACCUCAGCUGCAGCAGUGGGUGGCGCUGCAGCAGUGGAUGGCGCUACAGCGGCCACGCCCCCCUCUUCCACCCCUUCCUCCUCCAGCGGCCAUCUAAGUGAACCCCAAGUGCGCAGACCCCGUAGUCUCAGUUCCCCCACCGUCACGCUUUCUUCCCCGAUAGAGGGAGCCAAUAACGUCCCGGUACGGCGAGCCGUAAAGGACACAUUUUCGAACCCCCAGUCCCCGCAGCCUUCACCCUACAGCUCACCCAAAUCCCAGCACAAACCAAACCACAGCUUCCUACCCCCCGGCUGGGAAAUGAGAAUAGCUCCCAAUGGACGUCCAUUCUUCAUUGACCACAACAACAGAAUCACCACUUGGGAAGAUCCACGUUUAAAGUAUCCCGUUCACAUGAGGACAAAAGCAUCUUUAGACCCUGGUGACCUCGGCCCACUUCCUCCAGGGUGGGAAGAGCGAGUGCAUGCUGAUGGGAGGACCUUCUACAUUGACCACAACACCAAAAAGACGCAGUGGGAAGAUCCUCGACUGCAGAGUCCUGCCAUCACAGGACCUGCCGUGCCGUAUUCCAGAGAAUUCAAGCAGAAGUACGACUACUUCCGAAAGAAGUUAAAGAAGCCGGCAGAUAUUCCUAACCGCUUUGAGAUGAAGCUUCACAGAAAUAACAUCUUUGAAGAGUCGUACAGGCGCAUCAUGUCUCUGAAAAGACCGGACACGUUGAAGGCUCGUCUGUGGAUUGAGUUUGAAUCAGAGAAGGGUCUGGACUAUGGAGGUGUGGCCAGAGAAUGGUUCUUCCUACUCUCCAAAGAGAUGUUUAAUCCGUAUUAUGGGCUAUUCGAAUACUCUGCCACAGAUAACUAUACACUUCAGAUCAAUCCAAACUCUGGCCUUUGCAAUGAGGAUCACCUCUCAUACUUUAAAUUCAUUGGACGGGUGGCUGGGAUGGCCGUUUAUCAUGGCAAGCUAUUGGAUGGUUUCUUCAUUCGACCGUUUUACAAAAUGAUGCUGGGCAAGCAGAUAACACUGAAUGAUAUGGAGUCAGUGGACAGUGAAUACUACAACUCUCUGAAGUGGAUUCUGGAGAACGACCCAACAGAACUGGACCUACGGUUUUGCAUUGAUGAGGACAAUUUUGGACAGACAUAUCAGGUGGAUUUGAAGCCAAGCGGUUCAGACAUGGUUGUCACCAAUGACAACAAAAAGGAGUACAUCGACUUGGUGAUUCAGUGGCGGUUUGUGAACAGGGUUCAAAAGCAGAUGAACGCCUUUUUGGAAGGUUUUACCGAGCUCAUUGCCAUUGACUUGAUAAAGAUUUUCGAUGAAAAUGAACUGGAGCUGUUGAUGUGCGGUCUGGGAGACGUGGAUGUUAAUGACUGGAGACAGCACACCAUCUAUAAAAACGGUUACUGUCCCAAUCACCCCGUGAUCCAGUGGUUCUGGAAGGCUGUGUUGUUAAUGGAUGCAGAGAAGAGGAUCAGACUUCUGCAGUUUGUCACCGGAACUUCCAGAGUGCCAAUGAACGGCUUUGCUGAACUCUAUGGUUCCAAUGGGCCGCAGUUGUUUACUAUAGAGCAAUGGGGAACACCUGACAAACUCCCUCGAGCUCACACGUGCUUCAAUCGUUUGGAUCUCCCGACUUACGAGUCGUUUGAAGACCUGCGGGAGAAGCUUCUGAUGGCGGUGGAGAACGCUCAAGGCUUCGAGGGCGUUGACUAAGGAAGCUCCAUUUAUAAUCACACGAUCUCCUAAUGCAACCUUCGAGCAGAGACUUGUACAACACACACUUAUACUCACAUACACACACUCUCGAGUUGCCAUUGUACAGCCAGAUCUCAGCAGCCGCAGGCGUGUGAUGUCACACAGUAUAUGCAUGUAUCCGUCUAGCUGGAACGCCAUUGGCUGUGAACCCGUUUGCGAGACGCCAAACAACUCUACGAACCAUUUCUCCUCCAACACUUUUUUUUUAAAUUACACUUUGAGGCCAAAGUAGUGUUGCAUUAUUUACAGUAACGGUAAAAGCUCAGAUACACUUCAGUGUUCGGACUGGCCUAGGUGGGUGUGGCCUCGUAGUGGGUGUGGCCUUGAUAAAGCAUUAGAACCAUUGCGACCAAUCCCGUUUCUUGCCAACGUAAUGUAACGAAGAAGCAACAAUGAACUGUCGUCUUAUCAGGUCUUAUUACCACCAGAUUACCUUAGGAAUUACAGCCAGGAUGAAGGGCGCUACGUCAUCCUCACUUCAAUUCUGUCAACAACGCCAAGUUUCCCCUUUCUUCCUCGAGGAUUAUUUUUUUAUCUUCUUUUGCAAUGCGACAGGAUGUUGAUAAUUGUUUUUAAUAGUUUAUUAUCGCUGUUAAUAUGAUCGUUCUUAUCGAGUAAACGGAUAUUUGUACCAACAAUGUGGUUUACUAUUUUAAAAACAAUGUUAUCGCAAAUGCAUCAGUGGCCUGUCCAUAUCCAUAUCAUUGUGGGUAAAAAACUAACAUAAAAUAACAUGAUCAUCAUCAUGGUUAUUGUAUUGCUAUCAAACUGGCAUGAACAUGUAUCUUGUGUUUCAAUAUGAUUACGUAGUAAUUAUAAAACUAUUCUUCUUGGUUGAAAGUAAGAUCGUCACAGAUAAACAUGGACAUGCGUUUGACAUGUAAAUUAGUUUGUGAGAAUGGGUUUUCUUAAACUGUAAUAAAUAUUGUUCUUAAUUAUGAUUAUACCUGUUCAUAAUGCUGUAAAUGAGUUUGUUUUGGGGUAAGGAAUGGUUGCAUUCUUUUACUGUGUAUGUGUUAAAUCUGUCGGAAGUAUUAAUAUGAAAUGCAAGAGUGAAGCUAUCUUAAAAGCGCUGUGAUUCAAACACUGCAAGUCUCGCAGUAAACUUUCUUUCUUAGUCCUUCUUUCUUCUAACACCACUGAACCUAAACGGGCACUUUAUUGAUCAUGUCACCUUUUUUGUGAACUUGAAUGUGAUUCUGUAAUAUUUCGUUUCUUUAAUGACACUCGGUUACUUGGUGCAAUAUCUCUGCCUGCCGCUAACACAUCUGCCAUCUAGCAGGGACGUUCAGAUAAUAGCUUAUCCCUACAGCUGAUCUGGAGUCAGCUUGCCUGCUCAACCUACAGUAUAAUGAUCAAGCAUGGAAUAGGUUGAGUUUGCAGCUGUUCCUGGAUCAGAUUGGUAGAAGUGAGCUCCACAUUGAGUAAGACUUCAGACUGGUUCUGUUUAUACUUUCUGUUCUUCUGCCUCCCACCUCACUCACACAUUUCGGGCCGCUUUAAUCUGAAUUCGGCUCCGUAGGUUUGUGAUAAUAUGAUUAUUGUUAUUGCUAUAAAUUACCCUUUCUUAUUUGUUUUUUAUUGAUGAGGAACAUUUACUUCGUCUUGGUUCCUGUUCACGGCAAGACUUCAAAAUAAACUGAUAAAUGGAAUCAGCCAGG